CGCUUUUCUGGUAUAAAUAUGUAAAUACAAUAUGGCCGAUAGAAGCGGAACUUUGCGAGUUUUUCCGAAUGGCAUUUUGCCAAUGGAUUAAAAAAUAGUGAAAUUUAUAAAUUCGUUCAAAUUUUGUGCAUCUACAAUCUUUUAAACGAAAUGGAUUAGAAAAUAUUAUGUAAAUUAUCGAAGUUUCUUUGAUUGUAUCAAAAUGUCAGGAAAAUGCUGUUAUUAAAGAAUGUUUAUUUCUCAAAUUAGGGUUAUCGUUUUUUGAAUUUUUUAUUGCAAUAUGAAAUAAAACUUAAAAAAUUUGCAUUUAAUUGAAUACAGUGCUAUUGUGGAUUUAUGUUCGAUUAGCCGGCAUUUCGAUCAAUGAUGUUCGCAAUAUAGGUAUUGUCAUGGACACAGAUGUAGAACUUGCCAAAGGUGAAGGGUGUGAAACUAGUCCAGGUUGCUCUGGCUAUUCUAGUAUGGUGCACAGCAAAAAAGUUAUUAAACAUGCAUUACGACAGCAGGCCAAAAGACGUAGAAAAAAUACAACGAUUGCAGCUGGAAAUUCUCGUACUCUUCCAAGGAUUGUCGUUAAACCACUACCUCCACCUCCACCGAAUAAUCCACCUUCUCCAGUUAAUAAUGUACAACAUAUUAACACUACAACGGAAGAACCUGCUGCCACAAUGAGGGAAGUCCUGGCAAGUUUGCCAGGAUUUAGCUUAAAAUCUGGACGUAGACGAUCAACAAAACGAUUAUCAGCAACUGCACAAUUAGAAGCUGGUCUUGUAGAUCUUGAAUCUCCAGCAAGUAUUUUAGCAAGCACAAGUUUACGUGCUCUUUUAAAUAGGCAUACUUUUCAAGGUUUACCACCUUUGUAUCAAAGGAAACUUGCACAACUUUUACCUGCUGUAGAUAGACAGGAUGCUGCUACAUCUGGAUUAAACAAUGAAUUCUUUGCACGAGCAUGCCUAGAAUGGCGUAAACGCUUGGCAGAAGGAGAGUUUACUCCAGAAAAUCAACAAAGAUUAAAAAUGGAAGCAGAAAGAGAUAAAAAUAAAUUAGAUCCAUGGAAAGUAAAACAUUUCGAACCUAUAUGGGGUGAGAAACGCGAACCUAAAAUUAGAUCAGGUCUUCAUUGCAUUGCGGAAUCAAGAUCUGGAGGAGCUGUAACACGUUCGAGUUUAAGACUUCGUUUAGAAUCUAAUGUAGAUACACCUAUAUCAGAUACUCCCUGUCCUAUUAUGUCUGAAGAUAAAAUUGAAGAAGAUAAUUGUAAAAUUGAAACUAGUAUAAAUAAUUCAGAAGAAUUAAAUGAAACAACAGAAAUACAAGAAUUAUUACCAACAGGAUAUAAUGAAACAACGCAUACGUUAAUUGAUGAAAAACAUAUAGACUCUGUAAACAUAAAUUCUGUAGAAACGAUAACUGAUACUGAAAUGCAUCAGGAUAAAUUAGAAGAAGAUGAUAAAGAUCUCUCAGAAAAACAACAUAUGCUUGAAGAAAGUGAAGUAGUAGUACAAGUUUGUCAAGAAAGUAUUUCAAAUACAUUUGAUGAAGAAAUUCACUUAUCUCAAGAUGAAAAAAAUCUUCAGUCAAUAGAGAAUCACAUCCUUGAAGUAUCUGAAGAAGAUACAAUACUUUUACCUGAAGAAAAUUCACCAAGAACUAGUGAACAAACAGAACAAAUGUCUCAAACAUCUAGAGAAACAUCAUCUCAAUUAUCAACAGAAUGUACAUCUCAAACUUCCGUAGAUCAAAUAUCUCAAAUUUCGAAGGAACAAAUAUCCCAAAUAUCAGAAGAACAAAUUUAUCCGAUGUCCGAUUGUGAAGCUACAACUAUACUCGAAACUUCAUCGUCACAUGAACAAGUUAGACCAACCGAAAUCGUUAUGAAUGAUUCAACAAUAAUCAACAAUAAUCAAACUGAAGUAACACAAGUUUCUCACGAGAAUCCAACGGAUGGUGAAUCACAAAUUCCUGAAGGAAUGGAGAUCGAUAGUGAAACAUUACAACGUAUUCAUGAAUUGGAGGUAAGGGGAGAAAUGCGUGAAGCUUAUGAAGAAAUUUCGGGAUGUCCCGAAGAAAUAAUGUAUCCUAUUCUCGACGGAAUGGAAAUGGGAUCGAAUAAUACUGAAGAAACUGAAACACAGGUUGUCUCAGGACAACCAGAAACUACUAGAGAUCAACAAGAUGUAAAUAGUGGAAAUGAAGACGAAGCUCUUCGAGAAGCAAAUAAUUAUGUGUGUUCUGAGAUGUUAGAAUGUAGUUGGUCGGUAGAUCCCACAGUUAAUAAUAUUAACAAUAAUAAUAGGCCUCAAGAAGAACUUCAAGUUCCAUGGCCAUUAGUAGCUGCAGCUCUUGAUGGAUCUGUUGCUGCUAAUAUUACAGUGACUACUCAGGAUGAAUGCAACGAGACACCUACUUCAACAGAUUCAACUAAUCCAUCUCAACAAUUUAUCAAUGCAGAUUCUAAUGUAGAAUCAGUUAACUGUAUCCAAUUACCAGUUGUUCAAGGAACUCCGUUUCAGUCGGAAGGUCUCGCAAUUGGUACACCAGGAACAAGUUGUAUAAUGAAAAAUUUUCAAUCUCAAAGUUCACCUAUUAUUGCAUUUCCACAAUUACAGUCUAUUAGAUUUGUGCAAACUAAUUUUCAUUCUGAUCAAAACACUGCAUCAUCUUUAAAUAGUACGUCCCCAAUUAAUGCUCAAAUUCAGAAUCAACAGAAUACAACUUCACAAGUAAAUAUAAUGAGAACGCAAGAAGAAGUCGUUCAAUUAAAUACUCAAAAUAAUAAUACACGAAAUAUUAGAAAUAAUAUGAUUCAAAAUCAAGUUCCGAAUACUGUGACGGCAGCAAUUAGCGUACAACCACAAAAUCGUGCACAAAAUACUAUUGUAAUUCAACACCAAGCAUCGGCUCCUACGCAACCACGACAAGUCGUAGCGACCAUACAACAACAACAAUAUCCUGGAGGAACAGUUGCUGUAUCUUCAAGAUCUUCACGUUCAAAUAAUCAAGGUAAUCAGAGAGGUUCCAGGAAUAACAAUAAGGAACAAGGAGGAGGUCGAUCUCGUAGUACUACAAAAGAACCACCCGGUGCUGUUAAUUUGGAACGUAGUUAUCAAAUAUGUCAAGCGGUUAUACAAAGUUCACCAAAUAGAGAUCAACUAAAAGCUCAUUUAAAACCUCCGCCUAGCUUACUUGCUAGAGGCGAUGGUGCAUUCACAACGAAUAAAUCUGGUGGCCGUACAAUUACAACAGUCAAAACUCAGAAACCAUCACAAACAAUACAAAAUAAACAAACUCAAAAUAAAACACAAGCAGUUAUGUUAAGACAUGUAUUUGCAACAGCACGUCAAGCGACUUCUACAGAGAUUCCAGAAAGCAAUAACAUAGCACAAUUAGGAUCUACAACAACAGGAGGAUUAGGUCAAUAUAUAUUGGUACAGAGAACAGGAGUUGGAGAUAGUGCACCUAGAGCAUCUUCUGCACCACCUCUACCUCCUCAAAUUGCUGGAAUGGGUGUCGGAGUGCAUUUAGUACGUGGUAGACCUGCUAGUGCAGGAGAGGGUUCACAUCAGGCAGUAACGUUAAAAGCAAGAGGUUCUGAUGGUAGAGGAGGAGGUGGCGCCGAACCUGGAGCACCUGGAAUGAUUAUGGGUGGAGAUCCACCACCUCCAUGUGAAUGUAAUAUGCGUGGUGCUAUGGUAAUAUGCCGUCAGUGUGGCGCGUUUUGUCACGAUGAUUGCAUUGGGCCUCAACGUAUUUGUGCUACCUGUCUGAUACGUUAAUCAUUAUUUAAAUGAUGUUUCUGUGUAAAUUAAAAAAAAAAAAAACUGCAUUACUGGAGUGCUGAGUAUCAAAUUGAGAACAAAUAUUAUUUUGAAUGGAGUCUUUGUCAGAAAUCAUUUAUUACAUGAAUUUGAAAGAAACUGGAAGACUUCAUAUAGGCAACUAAAUUUGUUGUUCAGCACUUUAUUGUAAGUUGUGGUUCAUGUAGAAAAGAGAAUUAAUGGAUACAGUUGCAAAUAUUUUUAGAGUUUUCUCUUUUAAUUCUUUUGAAAUUAUAUUUUUAAUAUUAAUUUAUGGUUGUUCGAGCACAAAAUGUUUUUUUUUCUUAUUUUUAUUUUAAUUUUUUUUAUUUCAAUAGGCAAUUUUUACAAAAUUUUAUUAAUUUUUUAUGAAUUAAUUUUUUAAUUAAUAUUUAUAAUGAAUUUUAUUAAAAUUACAACUGUAUUCUUGUAAUUCUUUAAGAGCAAAAAAUAUUACAGUCAAACUCUAAUACCGUCUUCCAGUAAGCAUCACAUUCUUCAAUAUACAUCUGUACUAUUUAUUUAUUAACAAAAAUUUAAGUUUAUUCUUAUUAUGUAGAUAUUCCUGUACAUGCUGAUCUCAAGUUUAGUUGAUUUAAAAAAAUCAAAAACUUAUUCUUAUAUGCUCUCUCGUAAUUAUUUCUUUUAUAGCUUUUUAAAUACAAAAAAAUUCUCAUUCAUCAUAAAUCUAUAAUAGAGCAUCUUGUACAGGAAUCUUGUUAUUUAAGGACGAUUAUUGAUGAUCAAUAUUAUUAAUCUAUUGCAAUGAUGAAAUCUAAUUAGAUGAAUGUAGAAUAUACAUAUUUUAGCUUCAUCUUUUUGUUGAAAACAAUUUUUUAAGAUAUAUAUCGGUUAUGUUAUUUGCUUUAUAUUAACAUGAAAUUAAAUAUCAUAAAAGGAAUAUAAAAAAAAAAAACGUAUAAAAAUCAUAGAUUCGCAGUUUUAUAUUAUGUACAUAAUUCGCAUUCUGAGAUUUCAAGUUUUUAUAUGUUUUUGAAUCUUUAUAAAAAAGAUGAUUAUUUUACACAAAAUAGAUGAAUUUCAAAAUGUUUGAAAAAUUGAAAGCCAUUGUAUUAUUUUUUUAUGUAAUUGCAAUCGAUUACAAUUACAAGCAUUGCGUCUUUGCAUAAAUAUGAUAAUAUGAUUCAUAUAAAUGAUAUCGAUCAUUUUCAAAUUGCGUUUACUACAUACCGAUAAAUUUUUUGUCGAUAUAUUUCUUUGAAAUCAUUGAUAAGGCUAUGUAGUAUUAUUGCGAUUCGAUAGAACAACCAUUGUGUAUUUGUCGCUCAAAUGUAAAUAAAAUCAUAUUCGUUUAACGUGUAAAAUUCGUUUAAUAUGCGCAAUGUACGUAAUGAUUAAAGUACGGAUUUGGCGAUCGUAAAUUUUGUGGGAAUACAAUACUUGAAUAGUAUGAAAUAAUUUUAGCUUCUGAUGCAGUUGUGACUAUCAGAAUUAUUUCUAAGUAUCUGCAAAGCAUAUUUCGUCAUAAUGCAAUAUAAGCUAAAUUCGUACUUUAUACGAUAACGCAUUACCUGUUGGAAACAGCAAUAGUUACUUAACAUAUAUAUGUACAAAGGUAUUCUAUAUUUAAGAAUGCUGAAAUUAAAAAAGUAGUAUUAAGUCAGACAAGAGUAUUUCUUUUGAACCAUGAGAUUAUUUUUUUUUUUUACGUCCAUCACGUAAAAGUUAUAAAUAAUUAUAUAUUAUAUACAUAUACAUAUUAUGUGUGUGUGUGUCUAUAUAUAUAUAUAUAUAUAUAUAUAUAUAUAUAUAUGUAUAUAUAUAUACAUAUACACAUAUAUACACAUAUUAUGUAAUAUUAAAUAAAUUUGUAGUAUUAUAUAAUACUAUAAAUAGAAAGGUUUGCUAUUUCUCUAUAAACUUUGACUUCAAAAUUUGUAUUCUUUUAUAUUAUUAUCAUGCAUAGAAUAUUUUGUUCAUAUACUUGCAUAAUUUCGUCUUUUAAACAAGUGUUUUAAUAUUUUAUGACUGCAUGAUUUUAUAUUUUUAGCAACUACUAGACUCAAUGGCUGUGAUGUUUCUUUCUGGAAUUUUAGCCAUAUGGUAUUGUAUUUCAUUUUUAAAAACAGUAUCAUUUUUUAAAAUAAAUUCAUUUUAAACUUUGUAAUCGAUCAAUAUUACUUGUAAAUAGUACCUACCUUAUAUAUUUUAUGUACAAGUUUUAACAUAUUGCAGCAAUCAAAUUGUAAUUAGAUAUUUUAUAUAAGAGGAUAUAUUAAAAAAUUUAGUAAAUUUUAACAUAAAAAUAGUAGAAAUUUUAAUACAAAUAAUCUUAAUAAUAACAGAUAAUUGUUCUAGAAAAUAUUCUUUAUAUUUUUUAUUUAUUUUUUCAUAUUUUACUUACUUAUAUUUUAGUUUUAACAUUUUAAAUAUUCUAGUUGUUUAUUUACGUUAUUACAUCAUUUUUAGACACUUCAGUUAUAUUUUCAAUUUAUUUAUUUAUAUUUUAAGUUUUGUGAAAUGAAAAUUUCUAUAUAUAAAAUGUAUAUUAUUUUAUAUUCUACGUAUAGAAUAUAAAUUAUUUUGCAUGCUAUAUCAAUAAUAUAAAAUAUAUAAAGAAAAAUAUAAAAAAUUUUAAAUAAUGAUAUUUAAAUAUUCAAAAAUCAUUUCAGAAAUUAACACAAAAUAGUUUUUAUUUAUUUUCUAUAAUUAUAAAAUCUUCAUUUAUAAUGAUUUAAAAAUAUUUGAAUCAAGCUUAAUUACAGAUUUUAAUUUAUAUUUGUUUUUGUUUAUAUAAAAAUAAAAUUUAAUGAUAAUUUCAAAAUUUAUAAUUAUAUAUUUUAAUAAUAAUUAAUAUAUCUAUUAUAUAAAUAAAAAGAAUCAUGUAUUUUUUAAAAGUAUUAUAUGUAUAUAUAUAAAAAAAUAUUCGAUUAAAAUGUAAUUUAUGUAAAUAAAAUCUAGCUUAUUAUAAUAAUAAACUAGAGAAUAAGAGAAAUUUUGUUUAAAAAGACAACAUUAUAUUUAAUGAAUUAGAAUAGAAUGUAUUUUGGUCACUUUCAUCAUAAAAACAAGACUUCUAUUUAUGGAUAUGUAUUAUAUAUAUAUAUAUAUAUAUAUAUAUAUAUAUAUAGUACAUCGUACAUAAAAAUAAUAAAUUAAUAUAAUAAAUUAUUUUUUUUCAAUUGCCAUCAAAUAAUCUUAUUACAUACAUCUUAAUCGUGCCAUUGUGACUCUUAAUUUUUUUAGUUUCGAUUUAUUAUGAUAACUUUCUACAAAUGGAAUUUCAGUUUUAUAUUUUUUAUAAGAUAUCAUUGCGUGCUUUUUUUUACAUAGUAUUUUCAUUACAUUGUCCGACAAAAUCUAUUUUUUAUUCUAUUUCAGAAUUAUACGAAAUAUUUUUAUUUUGAUUUUUACUUGAAAAUUAUUUAGAAAUCUACUUAUAUGACUAAAAAAAUAAAUAAACUUCUUUCUUAACCAAACCGAUGUACUCUUUUAUAAAGAUUACCAAUUUUUUUUACAUAUAUUAAUAAAUUUAUAACCACGCUGUUUUAUGUAUACACUUCGAUGCCAGACUUACAAUCAGCAUAUUAAUCAUAGUGCAAUUCGCAUUUUUUGUUUGUACUCUGAACAUCAUCAGUUUACUUUUGUACAUUUUUUCGUUAAUAGCACAUUUUUAAACUGUGCGAGUGAACAGCCACUUCAUUGUACUAAUUUCCUAUAAACAUGACCGUCACAAGAGCCACUAUUUUUUUUUUUUUUUUUUUAAAUUCAUUUUCUUCUCCGCUUAGUUUAUUUCAUAGUAAUUAAUUUAUAUAUAAUUAAAAAUGCAAACAAAAAUAAAAAUAAUUUCAUUUAGUAUUAACAAUAAUAUAAAUAAAAAAUAUUUCAACAAAUAAUAAUAUAGAACAAAAUAUGAAAAUUGUACUACAUGUUCAUAUAAAUUCCAUAACAAUAUAUGUAUAAUUAUAUGUACAAUUACAAAGAAACACAUCUGUAAGUUAAUUCGCAGAAUUAAAUAAAUAUAAUAAAUAGUACACAUAAAAAAUAAUAAAUUAAUAUCACAAACAUUAUACAAAAAAAUUUAAAUGAAUUAAUUCCAUUAAAACAUACUUAUAGUACAAUUGUGCAUCCGACUUCAAUUCGCUCUAAAUUAAAUAUAUUCUCUUAAAAUAAAAUGAUGUCAUCGCAGAAAAAUAAUAUUCUUUUCAUUUGGGGUUGUCAGAGUAUUUGAUUCUCUCGCUAAUUUAUAGUUUAUAUGAUUUUAUAAUAUGCGUGUGCUUAUGUAUGCGUACCUCUCAUCUUAAUUAAAUUAUUAACAAAAGUUACAAACAAAAGUAUUAAGAAUUUCGAACACAAUCAUUAUUAAUAUGUAUAAAAUAUGAAAUCUAAAAUUACGCGCAAAAAUUAUGUUACAUAAAUAUAUUAACAAAUUAAGGAAAAUAUAAAUUUUUUAAUAGUUCGAAUUAAUGAUCAUUUAAUUUUAAACUAUCGCAUAGUUUGAUAGAUAAGAAUUGAUCAUAAUUCGAUCGCUAUUGCGCGGAACAAUAUUAUGGCACAUAUAUGUAGAUUAUAUCUAGAGUUUCAACAUUUUCAUUGUUUCUUUGUUAAUUUUUGCUUAUGAUAAUUAUUUUCUUUCAACUAAAUUUUACAAUAAAUGCGAUAUUAUUUUUAGAUUUAAUGUUCACAACAAUAUGGGAGCAAAAGGAACAUAUAUGUACACAUUUUUAAAAUCCCGAGAUAAUUGAUCGGGGUUAAAUAUGAAUUCCCAGUUUUUAUGAACUGAGAACACACGCGCAUGUGACAAUGCAAUCGCAUGAUUGCAUAAUAAUUUUUAUUGAAGUUUAUUAUUAAUAGUAAUUAUUGAAAUGGGAAGCGAAAAAUAGUUAAUUGUCGUUAAGAACUAAACAGAAUCUUAACUCUCAUAAUUAAAUACUUGAUUCUAAUCAUAUUUCAUUUUCAAAUUUGCAUGCAUUAAUGAUCUACUUAGAUGUAAGCCUGAAUGUUGGUACGUUAGAAUACAUUAAAUGUCACUGUGUGCCGAUUUUAUAUAGAUUUUUUUUGAAAUUCCAGCUACGUUAAAAUUAUAUAUUUUACAUUUAACUUUCUUUCAUAUUUUAUUCCUUUUUAACUGGAACUUCAUUUUUUUUCAGAGAGAAUUCAAACAUAGGCUGGAGAUAAGUUUAAAGUGAGUCGUGAAAUAACAUUAUUACGUAUCGUAGCUCGUGUUGUUCUCGAACUUUUAAUUAUUUGUAUCACCAUAAUACGGCAAUCAUGACAGACAACCAUAGAAACACCUCGCAAUCUCUCCGCGGCCAAUCGUUGUUCCGAGUUUUGACUUGUGAAACUGGAGAAUGCCUUCGGUGAUGGUACAUUGGCUGGUAAUCUUUAAUAUAAAUAAUGUUUAUAAAUAAUAAUGUUAAUAUAAAUAAUGUUAAUAUAAAUAAUGUUUUUGAAGAAUAAUAAUAAUCAAAAAUUAUAACGUAAUUAAAUAAAGUAAACCUUUUAUCUUGAAUCUCUGUUUCACGACGAGCAUGAGAAGGCGGUGUGGAAGUUGGUGUAAGUAUCAAAACUGGUGUCGUAGUAGGCGUGGAUGAAGGUGUUACACUUUUUAGCGAUGAAUCCUUGCGUCUAGAGGCUGGUGAUGCCGGUGCAGAUCCAGCUGCUCCGUUGCUUCUAAGCCAAGAACUCUUGCUAGUAUCUGGUUCUGAAGAUGAUGGAGAAAGAAGAAGACCAGGAGAUAGUAAUACUACUGGGACAUGGGCGAAGUGUUCAGUUGGAAUUCGCAUCUAUAAUACAGAUAAUAUCUAAAUGAAAUCUAAUAUCUAAAUAUUAUAUAUUAAAUGAAAUUGUAUUAAUAAAAAUCUUGAAAAUUUA